CUACGAUCGCCUUCUGGCAAACAUUAUCGUGACACCGUUUUGUGCGUGUUGAAGAGUUGGCCAGGUUCGUUCGAUCGGUUCUUCCGCCGUAUCGACCGGUCCGGUUGUUGGCCGCGCGCUUCCGAUCCAUGAAUCCAGUGAUAUAGUAAUUUUCCUCGGUGUGUAUUCAGCGUGCAUCGUGAUACAACGAUUCUUCAGCGAUUACUCGCGCAACUUACUGAUGUAGAACGACAUGGCUAUCAGCAUAAAAUUCACAAAAUUUGACAACACACCAUGGGGAUUUCGAUUGGCGGGUGGAAGCGAUUUUCCACAACCGCUGACUGUGAUUAGAGUGACAGAGGGAGGCCUGGCGGAAUGUAUGGGUUUGAAAGUCGGCGAUGUUGUAGUGAGAUUAAACGAUCAACCCAUCAGUAGCUUGACCCACGGUCAGGCACACGAGGAACUAAUGCGAGCAGGGAAUAAUUUUGUUCUGGGUGUACAGAGAGAAGAAGAUUCGCUGAAGGCUGUGGAGGCGUUGUCCGAAGAGAACAUCGUGCCCUAUAAGAUUCCGCUCGCAGAUUUGCCACCUGUUUUCCCAGAGCAAAUACUGAAAGGGGAAACUGUGAUCGAGCGGCACGAGGAAAUAACGUGCGAAGUAAAGCCCGGCGAAGAGGAGGUGAAGCCAGAAGUGGAACCACUGCCGGACAAGCCUAAGGACGCCAACAGCGAGAUCGUACCGAAUCAGAAUCUUACGGACGACGAGAUCGCGCAAUUGAUCCUCGAAGAAGAGGAACUUUUGACCGACAAAGGCGUUUUGGGGGUGAACUUUAAGAAACUCAAGCCCCGCGUCACUGCUCUGAAACAAUCGAAGGUGAUCGAAGAACUUCAGAAUAUCGCCACAGCCGAACCACCUUUGGUCGAACAGUUGAGACGUACCUCGGUGUUUCUGCAAAAACCACAAAGACCGAUACCGACGCCCCGUAAGAAACAGGAGGAACAAGAAGAGACAGAAGUCGAGUCGUACAAAGUGGUGAUAAAGAAGCAGAAAAAGCGGAGCGUGACCGACCGACUACUAGAGAAGGGUCUGCUGAAACCUGAGGACGCAAGUACUCCGGAACCACCUACUCCCGAGGCGACACCAUCGGCCACUCCAGAGCCAAGCGGCUGUAGAUCGGAUCAAGAACGCGAGCUCGAGUCGCGUCCCGAAUCGAAAGCCGAGUCGAAAGCCGAAUCGAAGCCGGAGGAAAGCGAAACCGAGCAGCAACCGGAAGAAACGAUAGCGUGCGACGAGGGGAACGCCGAGGUCGCGAGCGUUCACGAGGAGGAAACGCAGCAGGAGCGAACGACACAGGGAUCUAUUCUGAGCGAGAUCGAGAAAGAGAUGGCGAACGUGGCAGCGAAAGUCGAUAAAGAGAAGAUCAAGGAGCUUGUCAGUACGGAGAUUAACCUGGAGAAACAGCUGGAGAACGUUCAACGACAGUUAUUGGCGUUGAAGCAGCUACCGAGCGAGAUCGAGAGUCACCUGAGAAUCGUGUCGGAGCAACUGCAGAAGAUCAUGGAGCUGAGCGGCGUGCAAAACGGCGCCACUGACAACGACGAGGGGCGACGAGAAGCUCAAGAAGACGCGGAGGAGGCGAAAGAAUCGGAAGAACGGGACGAGGAACACGAGGAACUGGAGGAAACGGAGGAACACGAUGUGACCGAGUACACCGAAGAUAUUUCGUACUCGGCCUAUUCCGACGAACACGUGCAAAUCGUUCGUGCCAGCGAGGAAGACGACGAAGAGACGGAGACGCAGGAACUGGAAGGAACUCUGUCCGUAAAGAGCGAAGAAGGAAGCAGAGUGAAGAAAUUUGUCGUUUCUUACGAGACGAAGGUUUUGAAAUCGCCCAGCCCUGCACCUUCUUCUCAUGGCAGUUUCGAACCAGAUCCAAAUCUAUCGGCAAAAGAUCAAGUUAUUCAGGAGUUGCAGCAGAGAGUAAAGCAACGAGGGAGAAAACGUUCGCAAGAUCUCUGGCCCCAGGCUAAGCAGGUCGAACUUACGCGCGGCCGCAGAUGGAGGUGUCCGAAUGAUUUCUUCAAUGACGAAAUGAUUGCCGAGGUUUUAUCUUCCCAGGCGGAAGUGAUUCGAGGCAGAGCUCUAGGAGUGAACUUCAAAAAGUACGAGAAAACGAAUCUACCGAACUACGAUCACUUAAUGAACUCGAGCGUCUAUAAGAUGAUUCAUAAGAUGGAGCGAGAACCGAAACGAGGAAUUCCAGCUAGACCUGCCAAAGUAAACGCCGCGGAAGACAUAAUCGAGAGGGUCAAGUCUCCAGCAUUGAGCAUCGCGGAUGACAGGAGCACUCGAAGCGUCAGUCACUGAACCCACGAGACAUCGACGAUGAAAGAAUAGAAUUCUUUCUUGCGCCAUGAAGAUAUCGAAUAAAUAGCGAUCGGACGCAACUAACCGACGUACGGCCGAACGAUACUUAAGAAACGACGAAGGAAAAAGAGGAAAAAGAUAGGAAUACGUGCGCUGCGAUCGAAAGUAUCAAAUAUAAAACAUAAGGUUAAUUAUUAAGUACGUGUGCGUGUCGUAUAUACAUGUUAUACGGAUUGAGCGUUAAUAAAAGGAUUGAUUCUUUUUCGUAAAA